GCGGCUCUCCGUGUACCGCGUGCCCAAGUCGCUCCGCGAGGGCGACGAGCGCGCCUACAUGCCGCAGGUGGUGUCCAUCGGCCCGCUCCACGCCGGCAAGCGGCGGCUGCGCGAGAUGGAGCGUCACAAGUGGCGCGCGCUGCACCACGUGCUCAAACGCACGGGCCACGACGUCACCGCCUACCUCGACGCGCUGCGGCCCAUGGAGGAGCGGGUGCGGUCCUGCUACGACGGCCGCGUCGCAUGGAUGCCGGCCAACGACUUCGCGCAGUGCCUGGUGCUGGACGGGACCUUCGUGCUGGAGCUGUUCCGCGGCGCGCUGGACGGCGCCAAGGGGUUCGUGGACGACCUGGGCUACUCGCGGCACGACCCCGUCUUCGCCAUGCGCGGCGCCAUGCACGCCAUCCGUAGCGACAUGAUCCUGCUGGAGAACCAGAUACCGCUGUUCGUGCUGGACCUGCUGCUCGGGAUCCAGCUGGGCCACCCGGAGCAGACGGGGGCCGUGGCCAGCCUCGCCGUGCGCUUCUUCGACCCGCUGAUGCCGACGGACACGCCGCUGCACCGGAAGGACCGGUUCAAGCUUGAGUCCUCCGUGGACGCCGACGCGGCGGCCGCGGCGGCGUUCGACCCGCUGUCAAACCCGAUGCUGCACUGCCUGGACGUGUUCCGGCGCAGCCUCCUCCGCGCAGGGAUGCAGCCCACCCCGCCGCCGGCGGCGCGGCUGUGGCUGAAGAAGUGGUCGGGGCUGCGGCGCGUGGCCGACAAGCGGCGGCAGCAGUUCGUGCACUGCGUGUCGGAGCUCCGUGAAGCCGGCAUCCGGUGCCGGCGGCGGCGCAACACGGACCGGUUCUGGGACAUCCGGUUCGACAAGGGGGUGCUCCACAUCCCGCGGAUCCUGAUCCACGACGGCAGCAAGGCGCUGUUCCUGAACCUGAUCGCGUUCGAGCAGUGCCACAUGGACAUCGCGACGCCGGGCGGGAACAACAUCACCUCCUACGCCAUCUUCAUGGACAACCUGAUAAACUCGGCGGAGGACGUCAAGUACCUGCACGACCGGGGCAUCAUCGAGCACUGGCUGGGCAGCGACGGCGAGGUGGCGGAGCUGUUCAACCGGCUGUGCCUGGAGGUGGUGUUCGACAUCAACGACAGCUACCUCUCCGGGCUGUCGGACCAGGUGAACCGGUACUACGACCACAAGUGGAGCACCUGGGUGGCCAGCCUGCAGCACAACUACUUCACCAACCCGUGGGCCAUCGUCUCCGUCGUCGCCGGCGUCUUCCUCCUGCUGCUCACCAUGAUGCAGACCUUCUACAGCGCAUACAGCUACUAUCGACCGCCCGCCUAGCCUUAGCUCCAGCUCCAGCUCCAGCCACCAGCAGGUGGAUUGGUUCACUGUUCGACAUUUUUUCUUUUCUUUUUUGUUGCUUGCGUUGCAGUUUUGAUUGAUUGAUUGGUUGGUUCUCUUGUCAAGGAAGAACUCUUCUCCCCCCUUUGAGUUGCAUCCUGUUAAUAUACGUACUCGAUUCUGGUGGGAGAAGCAUUUUUGUGGCAAAAAUAAGCAAAUGCAUUGUAUUAAUCGUCUGUUCUUGGGACAUCUUGAGGGGUUUGAGCAUUUGCAAGGUCAAAUGCUAGUCUUGUUUAGGCUUGAUUCUAAGGUUUUCCACACGUGGAAGGAAGAAGGCCCCAAGUUUUCCGUCCUUCCACGUCUCAGUUACAUGUGGGCAUAUAUAAA